AUGUAUUACAAGCAAGAAGAAAAGUUACUUAUCAACCCAACAUUACACGAAGAAUAUAAUAAAUGUCUGGCAGAAUAUCUCAAACUUAACCAAAUGGAAGAAGUGGAUAUCACUCAAGACAGCAUCUACAACUCACCUUUUCACAACAUCGUUCCACAUCAUGCCGUCAUAAAGGACUCCAGUACAACCACAAAACUGCGUGUAGUCUUCAACGCAUCAUUUAAAACUUCGAAUGGAACUUCGUUGAAUGACCAUCUUAUGACUGGACCUAAGACACAAACAGAUAUUAUAGCAAUAGUUUUAAGGUGGAGAACACAUAAAAUUACCUUUACAUCUGAUAUAGAAAAGAUGUAUAGACAAAUCCACAUUCAUCCAGAUGAUGCAUAUUAUCAAAUGCUGUAUUGGCGUGAAGAUACAACAACACCAGUUAAACUCUACAAGGUUAAGGUUUUGAUGUUUGGUACUGCUCCAGCUCCAUAUUUAGCGAACAGAACUCUCAAAAAACUUGCCUCUGACGAAGAAUCAACAUACCCACUAGCCGCCCAAAUGAUCCGUGAAGACAUGUACAUAGAUGAUUUAGUUUCAGGUGCUGACACAUUAGAGGUAGCCAACGAAAAGUACCAUCAAAUUUCAACAUUAUUAACUUCAGUUGGAUUUCAUCUUCGUAAAUGGAUGAGUAAUGACAGGGAAUUUUUGAAAUCCAUUCCGGAAGAAGACCGAGAAACAAGUGUUUCUUUGACUUUCGGAUCUCUGGAUCACACGAAGACUCUUGGAAUCAGUUGGUUCCCAUCUACUGACUCAUUUUCUUUCCAAAAGAUCGUUCUCGACAAUAUCGUUACAAAACGUUCCAUUCUUUCAACCAUCGCUCGUCUUUUUGAUCCAUUAGGAUGGAUAGCACCUUGUAUUAUCAAGGCUAAGAUCAUCAUGCAGCAAUUAUGGCUGAAGGGCCUCUCAUGGGACGACAAUAUUCCAGUUGAAUUACGACAAGAGUGGCUCUCUUUUCAAGAAGAGUUAGACAUUUUAGAAGACAUACACAUUCCAAGAUGGAUAAACACUCAAACUGACAUCAAACAAAUAGAACUCCACGGAUUCAGUGAUGCAUCACUUAAAGCGUAUGGAGCUGUCGUCUACCUUAGAGUAUUAGACAACCAGAACCUCAUACACACUCAUUUGCUCAUUUCUAAAACAAAGGUAGCGCCUGUAAACACAAUAUCGUUACCGAGAUUAGAACUUUGCGGAGAUGUUAUGCUGGCAAAACUUCUCGAUUAUACCCGAUCAGUUCUUCCAUUUAAAACCGUCCAAUUAUUUGCAUGGACUGAUUCUACAAUAACCUUGAGCUGGAUAUCUGGAUUACCAUCAAAAUGGAAGACAUUCAUAGCCAAUAGAGUCACCGAAAUUCAACGGUUGACCAAUAUAAGUGUAUGGCGACAUAUCCCCACCAAAUUAAACCCAGCGGAUUUAAUAUCUCGUGGUAUCCUUCCAUCGAAAUUGAAGAUCAAUACACUAUGGUGGAAUGGACCACACUUUCUUCAUGAAAAAUGGGAUUUUUCAGUACCUAAACAACCUGCCCAAUUAGAAACGGAAGAAGAAAAGAGACAAAUCAAGAUUCAUGUCACCAUCAAAGAUGCUAAUGGCAUUCUUGAUGUAGUUUGCAAAAAAUCCAAGCUUAUCAAGGUAUUAAGAAUCGUCGCCUUAGUAAACAGAUUUAUCUAUAAUUUAAGAAAGGAUGAUGUUUUAAGAAUGAAGUCAGUUCUUUCACCCAUAGAACUUGACAUCGCAUUGCGUACAACCAUAAGGAGUGUUCAACAAUUCAUGUUUCCCGAUGUCAUAAAAGAACUCGAACUUACUAAGAGAACAAAGCUUAAUAAAUCUCUAAACAUGUUUAUUGAUCGAUCUGGUAUUAUAAGAAUUGGUGGCCGACUACAAAAUGCCAAUCUUACAUAUGAUCAAAAGCAUCCUAUUGCAUUGAAACCAGAUCAUAACUUCUCGAAACUCAUCAUUGAAGAUGCUCAUGAGAAAACCCUACAUGGAGGUAUCCAGCAAACAAUCGCUUUUGUUCGAAAUCAAUUUUGGAUUUUCAAUAUGAAAAGAACAGUGAAGAAGUGGUUGAGUAAAUGCUUCACUUGUUUUAGUAAUCAACCCAAAUCAAUGGAACAACUGAUGGGAAACCUUCCUGCACCCAGAGUAAAUAUGUCACGACCAUUCACUCACACUGGUGUAGACUAUGCCGGCCCUUUGCAAGUUAAAACUUGGAAAGGAAGAAAUUCCAAAUAUUAA